GCAAGGUGCGGGCAAAGCAAAAGGAGAUGGAAGUAGAUUGUGGGAGUGAGUAAUGUCAGUUUCCGGAGGUAAUCACUCAGCAAAGGCUUAAAGCACCACUGGUAAUAAAGUUCUUUCUUAUGAUUCAAAGCAACAGUGUAAAGACAAAUCCAUGAAGAUUAUAAGGGCUUGCAGAACACCUUUAAGAAAAAGAUGGAGGCUCUUGGAAUACAAAUGUUCAGACCAUGCUCCUUUCAAAGCUACUACCUUAAUUCGUCAGAGCAGCCGGGAUCCUCCAAACCCCCGUUAAGCUCCUCCACUAUGACGUCACGGAUCCUGCUACGGCAGCAGCUCAUGCGUGAGCAAAUGCAAGAGCAGGAGCGUCGAGAACAGAGGCAGAAGCAGCAAGCGGCACAGUACAUGCAGCAGAGAACCCCAAGCAGUCAGACAGCAGCCAUCAACGUCAGUGUCCCCACCAGCCUGCCCACAGCAACACCGGUACCCAUGGAGGUCCUCAAGGCUCGUGACCUGGUCUCCACUGUGCCAGCCUGUAUGGGUCCUCACAGAGCUGGGAUGAAUGAACACCUUUUAAAAAGAAACAGUAAGGUGCAAACACACCUUGAAAACCCAACCAAGUACCACAUUCAGCAGGCCCAGCGGCAGCAGGUUAAGCAGUACCUCUCCACCACUCUCGUAAACAAGCCUUCCAACCAUCCCCUCAGCCUACCCUGUACCAAUCAACCCAGUGAGCAUGUAAUGCAUCCUGGACCUGGCAACAGUGCACCCAACAGCCCCAUGGCCAUGCUUAACCUGAACAACUGUGAAAAAGAGAUUUUGUAUUUACAGAUGGAUGAUGUCAUUGAUGACAUAAUCGGUUUGGAGUCAAGUUACAAUGAUGACAUCCUUAGACUUAUGGACCCAGGACUACAAAUGGCCAACACGCUCCCUGUUUCUGCUAAUCUUCUUGAUAUGUACAGUAAUCAAGUGAUGCCACCACCUGGCCUUAAUAUCAGCAACUCCUGUCCAGCUAAUCUACCCAACAUUAAAAGGGAAUUCACAGUUACCCCAGCUCCUGCCAUGAUGCACAUUCUGGAGAAUUCUGGAUCGUGUGGCAAUUUUGAAAGCUAUCAAAGGCCAGAAGGUUUUCCAGUAGAGGCUGAAGCUAGAGCCUUAGCAAAGGAAAGACAGAAAAAGGACAAUCAUAACUUAAUUGAACGAAGAAGGAGGUUUAACAUUAAUGAUCGUAUUAAAGAGCUGGGAACUUUGAUUCCAAAGUCAAAUGAUCCCAAUAUGAUUCCAAAGUCAAAUGAUCCGGACAUGCGUUGGAACAAAGGCACCAUUUUGAAAGCGUCUGUUGACUAUAUCCGUAAACUCCAGAGAGAGCAGCAGCGAUCCAAGGAACUUGAGAACAGACAGAAGAAGCUGGAACACGCCAACAGGCAUCUGAUGCUGAGAAUUCAGGAGCUUGAGAUGCAAGCCCGGGCUCAUGGACUCUCUGUUGUGGCCUCAUCAAGUCUCUGCUCCUCCGAACUUUCACCAAGGAUCAUUAAACAAGAGUCAGUGCAAGGAGACUGCAAUCAGGAGGUUUAUCAUCAGCAGCAUCCAGACCUGUCCCGCACCACAACCCUCGAUCUCACUGAUGGGACUAUCACCUUUAGUGACAGCCUUGGACACGUAAAUGAGUCUGGUGCCUACACUGCAGCCACGAAAGUGGGCUCCAAACUAGAAGACAUGUUGAUGGACGAUAAUCUUUCCCCUGUGGGAGCGACUGACCCCUUACUCUCGUCAGUGUCGCCCGGAGCGUCUAACAACAGCAGCCGGAGAAGCAGCAUCAGCAUGGAAGAGAAUGACCGUGGGUGUUAGCAGCGGCUAUCCAAAAUCCACUACACACUGCAUAACUUCUAUUAAAACUGUACUAACUUCAUACUCAUUAUUUCUCCUCUAAGCAUCUUUAACUUCGUUUGUGAAGUAAAGCCCAUCAUUUGAAAAAGAAGACUGGGUUGGAGGAGUGUGACUAAGCACUGCUUGAAGAUACAGUGGUAACGAAAAAACAAAUGUCUGCUACUUGGAAUGUGUGUGUGUGUGUGUGUGUGUGUGUGUGCGUGCAGAUUAUUUAAAAAACAACAAAAAAACACUUUAUGUGUAGAAUUGUCUUGUCAAAUAAUAUAUCCAGUGCUAGUUUCAGAAUUGUAAUUUAACUGUAUAAAAUGAACCCUUUGAAGUGAAUGAUAAUUACGGUUAGUGUUGGAAGAGAAACUAUUGAAAAUCAAAUUGGUAGUGACUCCAAAGUUUUAAUUAAUAAGAAUAUGAAUAUCAGUUAUUCGUGCUGAACUACAAUAUAGUUCUACGUGCAGACAUUUUUUAGUUGCCCUGUAUUCUCCACUGAAACAGGCUUAUGUGUUUGUUUUUUUUAAUGUCAGUUUCUUAAUAUUAAAAUUCUUUAUGUUCAGUUGCACAAUCAUUUGAUUCGCAUGCUCUUUUUAUUUUAUUUGAUCUUUAACAGUUACAUUCAGGAUAUUUUUGAAAUGUGAGAAUGUCCAUAUUGAAAAUACUGGUACGGAACAUAGUGACACUAGUGCUUUUAGUGCUUUCUCCAUUGUAUGGCAAUUGCAUUGUGAAUAAACACUUGAAGGAGGUUGAAAUGCAAGGUUGGAUAUUUUGGUUGUAACAAACUUGUAUUGAAGUUGUUAUAAAGAAACAUGGUAUUGUAUGACUGAUUGUAGGUAAACAUAACUAAAUAUAAAUGCUUUCAUAUUCUAUUUAUACUGUUAAACAUAGAUGUGCAACUGUAGCAAGCAUACAGUACUAUUGUUUAGGUGGUAGAGUUAUUGUUUAGUUUUACACUGCAGCUUGUGAAAAAGAUUUAUUCAAAUAACUGUUACUUAAUAUUAGUGUUGGUUUUAUCACUCAACGUUGUUGUAAGACUAGUUUAAAUGCAUUAUCUACUUAAAUGUGGAGCUAUGCAAUUCUAAUAGUUGUAUUUAAAUAUAUUGUGCCUAGGUGUUACACAAAAGAAAACAUUAUGGUGUUAUGAGCCAGUGAAUGGUGAAUUGAUUUAUUAAUAAUGGCAGAAGAAUGUGUGCUCAGAAUGAAGUGCCUUAAAUUUCAAAAGUACUGACUGAAGAGUGAAGGUUGGUUUCUGUAUUUAAAAGUGUUUGAUGCAGGAUGUUACCUUGGCACGUUAAGGAGUGUGACAGCGGGGAUGAAGACCACAUUUUAUGACUGCAUUCUCCUUAUGCAAGACUGCUUGUCGACAGAAUUUGUCAGCUGAGACAAACUCAGCAUAUUUCUGUCAUAAAGAGGGAUUCAGGUGGUGUGCAUUGAUAAAGGGACAGCACCAAUCAGUGACCUUGAUGAAGGGCUUUCUUUCUUUAUAUUAUUUUAUUUGGUUUGUUUAAAGGUUAAAAUGUUAUAUGCAACAAAAAAAAAAGAAUCUGUUGGCAUUACAUGAUGCCCGUUUGCCAUAUAUUUUCAGCACUAGCCUUGCUGAAAUAACCCAUUAUAUAGUACACUCCAAAUGUACCCGCAGUGCAAUAAGCAGUAACCCUGAAACGCUCCCUUGAACCCUGUGGCAUUGACACAGUGGAGGGUAGUUUUAAACAGAGCCUUAAAAGAGUUAAAACAAUUCUAUCCCACAUCAAGACUGUUCUUGUUAUAUUCAAUGUGAACCAGAAUGGACUGCCAAAUGUUUUAAUGUUGCCAAAAGUGACGUAAGUCAAAGUAUGCAAUGCAAUAGACUUUCUGUUUUAAAUGUUUUAUUUUUUUCAAAAUGCGAAGCAAUAUUUUUUAAUACUUAAAGCAAUCAGAAUAUGCAGGUAAAGCACAACAGACAUGCACUUACAGGGAUGUUCUUGAAACAAAUGAUGCACUGGGGAGAUGCCUAUAUUGUUAGACAUAGCACUUGUUAUUUCUUGACCAAGUGAUAUUAAAAUACUGCCUCUUGCUGAGAUGCUUGGUACUGUAUGUAAUUAAAACUCUUGUCACUGCUGACUGCAUCACAUUGACUUGCAUACUAUCCAUACAAUUGUCAGAUAUGGAUCAGUGAUAACAUGUAUUCAGUGGAAUUGAAUGUUUAAACAAUUUCUUGGUAGACUGAUUAAAGUACAUGGUUUUUCACAUUUUCUUGUCGUUUAAUGGAUGCGUGGCUAUUUAUUUGGUAAUGAAAAGUGAGCAGGCUGUCCGUUUCAGAAGACUA